UUAGAUGGAAUGUGAUACGGCAGAAACCUUUUCAUCCAAAGGAUUGAUGCCUGCAUUAUCAUUUCCGCAAUAAGACAGAAAAGUUAAGUGGUGGAGGCCACAGACACCUCAAACCUGGAUUCCACAAUUCCAUGUUAAGUGCUGGAGUUUUUAUUACUCUGCUGCAGGAAAGCCUUUGCCAAUGCUCACAAGGAACUGCUUAUCCCUGCUUCUCUGGGUCCUGUUUGAUGGAGGUCUCCUAACACCACUUCAGCCACAGCCACAACAGACUUUAGCCACAGAACCAACAGAAAAUGUUCUCCACCUGCCAGGGAGGCGAUCACAUUUCCAGCGAGUUAAACGUGGCUGGGUAUGGAAUCAAUUUUUUGUGCUGGAGGAAUACAUGGGCUCCGAGCCUCAGUAUGUGGGAAAGCUCCAUUCUGACUUAGAUAAAGGAGAGGGCACUGUUAAAUACACCCUCUCAGGAGACGGCGCGGGCACUGUUUUUACCAUUGAUGAAACUACAGGGGACAUUCAUGCAAUAAGGAGCCUGGAUAGAGAAGAGAAACCUUUCUACACACUUCGUGCUCAGGCUGUGGACAUAGAAACCAGGAAGCCCCUGGAGCCUGAAUCGGAAUUCAUCAUCAAAGUACAGGACAUUAAUGAUAAUGAGCCAAAGUUCUUGGAUGGACCUUACGUUGCUAGUGUCCCAGAAAUGUCUCCUGUGGGUGCAUAUGUGCUCCAGGUCAAGGCCACCGACGCGGAUGACCCGACCUAUGGAAACAGUGCCAGAGUCGUUUAUAGCAUUCUUCAGGGACAACCUUAUUUCUCUAUUGAUCCCAAGACAGGUGUUAUUAGAACAGCUUUGCCAAACAUGGACAGGGAAGUCAAAGAACAAUACCAAGUCCUCAUCCAAGCCAAGGAUAUGGGCGGACAACUAGGAGGGUUAGCCGGGACGACGAUAGUCAACAUCACCCUCACUGAUGUCAAUGACAAUCCACCUCGAUUCCCCAAAAGUAUUUUCCAUCUGAAAGUUCCCGAGUCUUCUCCUAUCGGCUCAGCCAUUGGAAGAAUAAGAGCUGUGGAUCCUGAUUUUGGACAAAAUGCAGAAAUUGAAUACAAUAUUGUUCCAGGAGAUGGGGGAAAUUUGUUUGACAUCGUCACAGAUGAGGAUACACAAGAAGGAGUCAUCAAAUUGAAAAAGCCAUUAGACUUUGAAACAAAGAAGGCAUAUACUUUUAAAGUAGAAGCCUCCAACCUUCACAUUGACCACAGAUUUCACUCCGCGGGCCCUUUUAAAGACACAGCCACAGUGAAGAUCAGUGUGCUGGAUAUUGAGGAACCACCGGUGUUUAGCAAGCCGCUCUAUACCAUGGAGGUUUAUGAAGACACUCCAGUUGGGACCAUCAUCGGUGCUGUCACUGCACAAGACCUAGAUGUGGGCAGUAGUGCUGUUCGGUACUUCAUAGAUUGGAAGAGUGAUGGGGACAGCUACUUUACAAUAGAUGGAACUGAAGGAACCAUCGCCACUAAUGAAUUACUAGACAGAGAAAGCACCGCGCAGUAUAAUUUCUCCAUAAUUGCGAGUAAAGUUAGUAACCCGUUAUUAAGCAGCAAAGUCAACAUAUUGAUUAAUGUCUUAGAUGUCAAUGAAUUUCCUCCAGAAAUAUCUGUGCCAUAUGAGACAGCUGUGUGUGAAAAUGCCAAACCGGGACAGAUAAUUCAGAUAGUCAGCGCUGCAGACCGAGAUCUUUCACCUGCUGGGCAGCAAUUUUCCUUUAGAUUAUCACCUGAAGCUGCCGUCAAACCAAAUUUUACAGUCCGUGACUUCAGAAACAACACAGCUGGAAUUGAAACCCGAAGAAAUGGAUACAGCCGCAGGCAGCAAGAGUUGUAUUUCCUCCCUGUUGUAAUAGAAGACAGCAGUUAUCCUGUGCAGAGCAGCACAAACACCAUGACUAUUCGAGUUUGUAGAUGUGACUCUGAUGGUACCAUCCUGUCUUGUAAUGUGGAAGCAAUUUUUCUACCUGUAGGACUCAGCACUGGGGCUUUGAUUGCAAUCCUACUGUGCAUUGUUAUACUCUUAGCCAUCGUUGUACUGUAUGUAGCUCUGCGAAGGCAGAAGAAGAAAGACACUCUAAUGACCUCGAAAGAAGACAUCAGAGACAACGUUAUCCAUUAUGAUGACGAAGGAGGUGGGGAGGAGGACACGCAGGCUUUCGAUAUUGGUGCUCUGAGAAAUCCGAAAGUGAUUGAAGAAAACAAAAUUCGCAGGGAUAUAAAACCAGACUCUCUCUGUUUACCUCGUCAGAGACCACCGGUGGAAGACAACACAGACAUAAGGGAUUUCAUUAAUCAAAGGCUGCAGGAAAAUGACGUGGACCCGACCGCUCCACCGUACGAUUCGUUGGCUACAUAUGCAUAUGAAGGAAAUGGAUCGGUAGCAGACUCCCUUAGCUCUAUAGACUCUCUCACCACGGAAGCUGACCAGGACUACGACUAUCUGGCAGACUGGGGACCCCGCUUUAAAGUCUUGGCAGACAUGUUUGGUGAAGAAGAGAGUUACAACCCCGAUAAAGUCACUUAGGGCAGAGGCGAAGGAUAAAACACAACCAAAUGGAGAAAUUUAAGAAAAGGAAACACAAAUAGAAAUCACACACACAUACACACACACAGACACACACAUGCGUGCACACAUGUGCGCGCACACACACACACACACACACACACACACACCAGGCUUUAUAGGAACACAGUCCUUUGAUUACCUGGUCUCUAGCAAGUUGCUAUAUUUAUCAUAUUGUCAGUUUUGUUUUACUCUGCAAACACAAGAUAAAUCCUAUUAAAUGUACUCGCUUGGUUUUGUUUUGUUAUUUUGGAAACACACUGAGACAAGCUCAGGCCUAUUAAAUACAAUUUACUGACAUGACAACAUAGAACGGAGAUAGCUAUGUGGCAUCACGGUGGAAGAGUGUUAGAUUUUUCUUAAUUCCACUAAAGUGCCUAUUGAAACUCUUAUCAUUUAAAGUGGUGUCCAAUGCACUCUGCUGUGAUGGCAUUACAGGAUUCAGAGAUACAGAGGACAGAAAACAAAGACGCUGUCUUUAUGUCAAGGAAGCAAUAGCAACAUGCUGACUUCUAAUUCCUUUUGAGGAAAAAUGAAGAAUACUUUCUGAACUCCAUCUUCUUAUAAUUCAGAGGUUUUUUUUUUCUUUUUUUAACUGUAUGCCAAAACACAUUUGUUUUUCCUACCCUUUCAGAAUAUUGAAAUAAAUGCGAUAAUAUCAAAUUCAAUAUGUAAGUCCUGAAUCUUAAAAGCAAUGUUUGAUCUUCACAUUAGUUCGUAUUAAAGGUGAUCAGCAAAAUGUUGCUUUUUUUCCCAAAAAAAGACAUUUUAAAAAAGGAAAUUAAAAAAAAUCCCUCUU